GGCUCGUGCGCCGAUUGGCUGCUUGGACUCCGCGGCCGAGCCCGAGUCCGCCCCCCGAACCUUCAAAUAAGUAGGACCGCGGGAGGUCCGAGCAGACGCGAAACUGUGCUGUAGGCGAGUGGGGCGAUCUGACGGAGUGCAGUGAGCGGUUCGCGCCGGCUCAAAGGUAGCAGGAUCCACUGCCGAGCCCCCUGCGGAGGUUCCGGGGCCGUCGGGUGCGCGUCUCACCUCCAGACAUGGGGUCAGCGGCGCUGGAGAUCCUCGGCCUGGUGCUGUGCCUGAUAGGCUGGGUGGGCCUGAUUCUCGCCUGCGGACUGCCAAUGUGGCAGGUGACUGCUUUCCUGGAUCACAACAUCGUGACGGCGCAGACCACCUGGAAGGGGCUGUGGAUGUCGUGCGUGGUGCAGAGCACAGGGCACAUGCAAUGCAAGGUCUACGACUCGGUGUUGGCGCUGAGCACCGAGGUGCAGGCGGCGCGGGCGCUCACAGUGAGUGCCGUACUGCUGGCGCUCGUCGCGCUCUUCCUGACCCUGGCGGGCGCUCAGUGCACCACCUGCGUGGCCCCGGGUCCCAGCAAGGCACGUGUGGCUCUUACAGGUGGCGCGCUGUACGCGCUCUGCGGGCUGCUGGCGCUUGUGCCGCUCUGCUGGUUCGCCAACAUCGUGGUCCGCGAAUUCUACGACCCGAACGUUCCAGUGUCGAACAAGUACGAACUGGGUGCUGCGCUGUACAUUGGCUGGGCAGCCUCAGCGCUGCUCAUGUGCGGCGGCGGCCUCGUGUGCUGUGGCGCCUGGGUCUGCGCCGGCCGUCCGGACCUCAGCUUCCCUGUCAAGUACUCGGCGCCGCCGCGGCGGCCCACGACCAGCGGCGACUACGACAAGAAAAACUAUGUCUGAGGGCGCUGGGACGGAGGAGCCUCUCCUGCCAGCCGCGCUCACAAGCCGGAGGACUGGCCAGGGAGCCCUGCAUGGACGGAGGCCUCCGCUGGGCUACGCCGCGCACUGGCUACGCGGAACGCAUCCCACCAACGGAACCCUUCUCGGGCCCGCAGCCCGUCCGCUCCGACUGUCACUCGCUGGGCAUUAGGUGGUGCUCUGCCCUGAAAAGGCAACGCGCACUUGCUCGGUUUCUUUUCUGUGGGGAGUGCUGGCUCCGAUGAGGGUAGGGUGCGGGUUCCUUGGCUGUAUGAGCACUGGACUAAAGAUGCCACUUUUCUCCCUGUCCCUCGUGGUCUUGGACGCCACUGUACUUUUCCAGCGGCUCCUGCUGAUUCCAGAGGGACAGACUGAGGUGCCUGAAGGUUGUGUACAGCUGGCCUUUACCCCAUCAGCAGGGCCUGCGCCCAGGGGUCCAAGAGACUUGGUUUGGAGCUACCUCCCUCAACCCUGCAGCUCUCUGGGCCCACAACAUCUGAGCGUGAGGCCGGGGCCCUGCUCUCCUUCAGUUUGGGGGAGGGUAAGAAUUUGUUUAGUAAAUGGUUUGAAUACUUUC